CUUGGCACGCACGCGCAGACUGGCCGCGGGGCCUGGAGGCACAGAGGAGGGGGAGCGAGAAAGAGGGGGGUGUGGAACGUAUUUCCGCUCUGGCGGACAAAUAAUCCCGGCCAAAGGGGAGGCAAGGCCGUCCGGCCCUUUAACCGCGUGGGGGUGCUGGUGAAGAAAGGGGGGUCGGGAAGGGGGGAUCCUGCUCCUUUAAUUCCCUCCCCUCUUCCUCCUCCCCGAGUCCAAGCCGACGCCGCCGCCGCGCGCGCGGGGCCUGGAACACACGGCACGAGCCGCCCCCGCCCCUCCCCCCUUACGCCCACGCGGAGCCGGCCCCGCGCGCGCGCCCCGUGCACCCUCGCGCCUGCGCGCUGUCCAGGCCCUGCCCGUGUGUGGGGGGCGCUGCCGGCCCCGGGGGGGUGGGGAAAAUAGGGGAUAAAAAAAACAGCGCGCGGAACCGGGCCAGGGUUGCCCACCCCCGCCACAAUGGCCUCUGGGGUGGAAGUCCUGCGCUUCCAGCUGCCCGGCCACGAGGCCGCUACGCUACGGAACAUGAACCAGCUCCGGGCAGAGGAGCGGUUCUGCGACGUGACCAUUGUGGCCGACAGCCUCAAGUUUCGAGGCCACAAGGUCAUCUUGGCCGCCUGCUCACCGUUCCUGCGGGAUCAGUUCCUGCUGAACCCCAGCUCGGAGCUGCAGGUCUCCCUGAUGCACAGUGCACGCAUUGUGGCCGACCUGCUCCUCUCCUGCUACACGGGCGCCCUGGAAUUCGCUGUUAGGGACAUCGUCAACUACCUGACGGCAGCCUCCUACCUGCAGAUGGAGCACGUGGUGGAGAAAUGCCGGAAUGCCCUCAGCCAGUUUAUUGAGCCCAAAAUAGGCCUCAAAGAGGAUGGGGUCAGUGAGGCUAGCCUUGUGAGCAGCGUCAGCGCCACCAAGUCCCUCCUCCCUCCAGCCAGGACCCCAAAGCCAGCCCCGAAGCCCCCACCCCCACCUCCUCUACCCCCUCCACUCCUGCGGCCCGUGAAGCUGGAGUUCCCACUGGAUGAGGACUUGGAGCUAAAAGCCGAGGAAGAGGAUGAGGAUGAGGACGAGGACGUGUCUGACAUCUGCAUCGUCAAGGUGGAGUCGGCCCUGGAGGUGGCACACCGGCUCAAACCGCCUGGAAGCCUGGGAGGGGGUCUGGGUAUUGGAGGCUCCGUGGGUGGCCACCUUGGGGAACUGGCCCAGAGCAGCGUGCCCCCCAGCACUGUAGCCCCACCGCAGGGUGUGGUGAAGGCUUGCUAUAGCCUGUCAGAAGACGCGGAAGGGGAGGGCCUGCUGUUGAUUCCCGGAGGCCGGGCCAGCGUGGGGGCCACCUCUGGCCUGGUGGAAGCAGCAGCGGUGGCCAUGGCUGCCCGGGGGGCGGGGGGCAGCCUAGGGGCGGGGGGCAGCCGGGGACCCCUGCCUGGGGGCUUCUCAGGUGGAAACCCCUUAAAGAACAUCAAAUGCACCAAGUGCCCGGAAGUGUUCCAGGGCGUGGAGAAGCUGGUCUUCCACAUGCGGGCGCAGCACUUCAUCUUCAUGUGCCCUCGCUGUGGCAAGCAGUUCAACCACAGCAGCAACCUCAACCGCCACAUGAACGUGCACCGUGGUGUCAAGUCACAUUCGUGCGGCAUCUGCGGCAAGUGCUUCACCCAGAAGUCCACCCUGCACGACCACCUCAACCUGCACUCGGGAGCGCGGCCCUACCGCUGCUCCUACUGCGACGUGCGCUUCGCCCACAAGCCUGCCAUUAGGCGGCACCUCAAGGAGCAACACGGCAAGACCACGGCCGAGAACGUGCUGGAGGCCAGCGUGGCCGAGAUCAACGUCCUCAUCCGCUAACCGCGCAGGCGUGGAGGCCAGGAGCCUGGGGGUCCCUGGGCUGGGUGGGAAGGGGGCUCUUUGGCCCAGGAGAAUUGGGGGGUGGGGGGUCUGGGGCAGAAAGGUAGAGUGGGAGUCUGAGCACACUCACGCAUCUUGAGAGAGGAAAGAUGAUUCCUUGGAGAGAAGACUUGCUCUGGAGAGCGCAAGAAGCUGGAGCUGGGGACAGGGUUCUUGGAGUAGGCCAGGGUAAUACGGGGGUCCCAGAGAAAGAUUUCCUUCUCUCAGAGGUGCAUGUAUAUGUGGAGGGAGGGAAAAGGGUCCUAUAGAACGAGGGAAGACAAAGACAAAAAUGUUUUAUUCCUGGCUAAGGCUGCCCAGGGGAAGGUUCUGACAUUUCUUGAGGUAAAAAGGGUGGGUGGGUGGGAACAGGGAGGGAAUUUGGCAGGAGGACAUGCUCCUGCUUAGAAUAGACCUGGGGUGAGGGAGUGGUAAGGGGAAAAGAUUGUUGAGUCCCAGAAAAGGAAGGGGGAGACAGUUCUUGCAUGCUGGGGAAAUGGGACUGCGAGUAUGAGGCUUGCCGAAAUUUGAGGGAGAGCAAAGUAAGACACCAGGUAAGAGAACAUGGGGUGUGCAUCCUGGGUAGAUAUUGGGAAGUGGGGGUACAAUAGCAAGAACAGUGGAUAGUCAUGGGGGUGGGGGGUAGGGUACUUAGAAGAAAGAGCCUAAGAAGGGCUGUUGGGAGGGAGAGCAGUAGAGACUUAUACAGUAUUUUUUAAGAAAAAAACAUAUUUUUUAGGAUUUUUUCUGGAGUUUGGGGUUUUAGUUUUUCUGCUUUUGUUUUCCACAAAAUAAAAAACAAAAAAAAAACUUUUUCUUUCUUUCUACACUCUGGCAACUGCGUGUAUAUGACUAUCCUGCUCUAGACAGCCUCUAUGAUGCUGCAUUCUCAAUACCUAGAGGUCACAACUCAUGCAUGUCCCUUGCCUGAAGGAGCCCAGUGUGAUGGGAGAGGAGUGUGACAAGUGAGCUCCUCUGGCCAGGGACUCCCUCCAAGCCCCCGCCCCCAGCCCUCCACCAGUUCUGCAAUCUCAGCACUUCCCCAGGUACCUCACAGUACAAGUGAUUGGCAGUCGUGAGGAUGCACAUGAACUCUAUUUGAGGGGCUUAAGAUCGGUGCUAGGGAUGAGCUACAUGUGGCCAACAUGCCCACGGAAAUUGUAAGCAGGAGUCUGUGUUUAAUUAUAUUUUGUUUGGGGUAAAUGGUUCGUGUCUUUAAAAAA